GCCUAAUAAUUGACCUUUAUCUUCCUAAUGAACUGAGAUUAAUUAUAACCUCAAGGUCUUGUCUGGGAACUCACUGACAGUGCUGAGAGCAUUACCAGACUUCCCAUGAGAAAAACUAUUCAUAGAGAGAGAGAGAAAAAAAGAGAUUCUUCAAAUAACUGAACGUUAAAUUGUUAAGACAACAGCAGUUCACCUCGGGUGUAAAAGCCAUGAUUUUGAGCUAUUAAAUAAUAUUGGCUUCUUUCUCGUUUUUGAAUCUUUGCUCAGCCUUUGACACAGUAAUGAUUUUUUGUUGGCUUUUUUUUUUUUUUUUUUUUUUUUGUACUGCACUUUCUUCCGUGUUGGCACGCUACCACAGUGUCAGAUCGUUAUUCUCUCCAAACGUCUCAGCAGCUCUCGUGCAAAUAAACGGUUGUUUCGACAUUAGUUACUGGAAAAACAAGCAGCAAAUAACCGGCAGAUAAUGACAGAACAUUACAACUGCAGCGUGCCCGUUCGCGUUUAUCAUGCUUGUUGAUUUAUUUGUGCAUUAGUAUAUGUUUGCACCAGAUAAGAAUCAAGGGUGAGCGAGUGGUCAUGCAAACACGCCGCAUACUAGUGUGAGAAAAGCAAGGCGGCAUCGCACCUGCGAGCGCGCGGAGUGGAAAAGGUCAACCUGUCCGUGUCCGCCAUUGUCCCUUUGUCAAGGUUAGUGUGAGUUAGUUAGCAAUGUAUUUGAACCUUUAAGUAUAUAUUCCACCAUUCAGAAGAAACCUGAAACUUAAUUUCGAGAAGAGUGGAAUUGAUGUUUAAUUCUUCCUCUGAACACAAUUAAGUCCUCUUCGAUGCUCUAAUAUACUUUAGUCAAGGAGUCUGAGUGAAAUUUGAAUUACCAUCUGAAUGUGACAUGACAAGGACAUAGCCUACACGACUGGCUAUUCAGAACCAAUUCAUAUUACAAGAUUUGUGUACGUCAUUUGACAUAUAUUUAUAAUUUGCAAUAAUAAAAAAAUACUUUAGGUUUCGAUUCUAUUCUUACAAUUGUUUUUUGUUUGUUUGUUAAAAUGAUGUAGGCUUAUUUAAAAUAUUUCUAACAUUGUAAUUUUAAUUAAUAAUGUGACUCUAUUAUUAACUUGCACCAAACAUCUAAAUCUUAAACAUUUUACGAAUGUAAUUACUGAUGAGGAAAAUCAAGUUUAAUAAAGUGAAAUAAUAUUGCCAUAACAACAUACAGUGUAAUCCCCUUUUCAUACUGUGAAAUAAGAAAAAUAUAAUAACAUAGAUCACCAGUUGAAAUCAUAUCGAUAAUGUGAAUGAAUAUGUAAACUAUUUGUGAGAUAUUUUGUUUGCUAAAAAAAAAAAUGUAUGCAGUAUUUAGUGUAAAAUAACAAUUUUUCGUAUAUUAAUCUCAGCCUAUAACACAUUUACUUAAUCGCUUAUUGUUGUUUACGUUGCUGUUUUAUUAAUAGCCUAUUGUCCUAUUGCAAACUGUUGGUAGACCAAAAUUAUUUUUCCAAAAGACCAAUUGUUGUGAACAAAUGUUUGUGUGGCCGAUAUAUAUAUUCUUAUCAAUCGACCGAUAAGUCGUAAGAGAUGUGAAAUGUAUGUCUUGAUGUUGAAAUAAAUGCGUGUGUAGUGAAUUAAUUAGAAUAUAUUGGAAGAUUCCGAACUAUAAGAGCAUCCAAAUGAACCAAUCAGAGAGUGUUUAGGAGGAGCGUGCUAGAGCGCGAGACAGUCAAAAACUGAUGCCUGCUCGCCCUCCAGGCAUAGUGUUGCGUCACGGGUAUAGAGAUGAAAACACAGUUAUAGAGAAACAAAAUAUCAACAACUGUCUUAAAGAGUUAGACAGUAUUACCAACGGUCAGGUCAGUGGCCUAAGGAAGAGUUAAUUGUAAAUUUAGGCCUAGCGUGAAGGAAAAAAGAAACUCUUUAACUAAUUUAUAACCAUAUUUUAGCUCUUACCGUACUUGACACUUAAAGUUCGGCUCCAUGGAUAAGUCGAAGAACUUUCGAAUAGACGCUCUGUUGUCAGAGAGCUCUCAGCGGAUAGUUCGCGAGGACUCCCCGGGACUGUGCAAUGAAGGUACUGACAUCGAGCCCGCAACAUGCAAACGGACACAAAACUCUCCUACUCGCGCUUUUCAGCUUCAGACAGGGGUCAUACCCAAGCCAGGCAUGCUAAACAUUUCUCACCCGGGAUUAACGUCACUUUCUCAAGGGUCUAUGCCAGGAAUGUAUCCCUCACCUAUGUACUCCAUCGCGGCACUUGGAGCGCAGCAUCCCACCUUCGCGUAUUCUGGUUUUGCGCAUCCGUACCAGGACCACCUGAAAGCAGCAGCCGUGGCCGGUUCAUUUCCGUUAGAACACUGGCUCCGGGCAGGACUCAUAAUGCCUCGCCUUGCAGACUACAGCGGGGCACCUCAGUCUGGUCUGAUUGGAAAGUGCCGGAGACCACGAACAGCUUUCACCAGCCAGCAACUUCUAGAGCUGGAAAACCAGUUCAAACUCAACAAGUACCUAUCACGACCCAAACGCUUUGAAGUGGCCACAUCUCUCAUGCUGACUGAGACGCAGGUGAAGAUUUGGUUCCAGAACCGACGGAUGAAGUGGAAGCGCAGCCGUAAAGCUAAAGAGCAGGCUGCGCAACUGGAAACAGAUGGCUGUAAGUCAGGCAAGAGAGGAAACAAACCCAAAGACCUCAGUCGCUGCAGUGCACACGAUGACGAUGAGGAUCUGGAUGCAGAGGAGGAAGAUGAAGAAGAAGAGGAAGAGUUCAGAAAAUCCAUUAAUGUAGGUCUAUCUCACCCUUCGGACUUCCUGCAGCACAGCUCCGCGCUGAGCUACAGCUCUCAUGGCUCCUACUCUGAUGACGACCUGGAAGAGAUCGGAGGAGACCGAAAGAUCAGGCUAGGGUUAUGAGGAAUUAAUGGCAUGUCAAUUCAUGAAUUGGACAGCUAACUACAUCAAGGUUUAAAAUCCAGCACCUCAAGACUGAUGUCAAAAUUAACCCAUUAGACCCGAUGAGUUCAUUGUCCAUGAAUACUCACAGGAUGUUUAUAGUCAAAAAGUCUUAAAUGAUUCAUGAAAAUGGUCUUCCAGUUUAUUUGCACUUAAUAUUUUUUCUUGAAGGCUGCUUGUAAACUGCAAAUGUACACUAUUUCAAACUAACUUGUUUUUCUUAUGUGAUCAAACUCUUUAUUAUAUAUGUUAAUAUGGACAUUUUGCUUAGAAAAGAAAAGCUGUUGAACCAAAUGAGGAGGCCUUUCCACUCAAAGUCACAGGCUGACACUUGUGCUCAUUGGUCUUUUGGACACAUUUUGUUUAAUAGUAUGUAGUCAAGAGUGGAUGCUGAGGAACAGGAAAUUGUCCAGAGGUCAUCAGCGUCAGCUUUCUUCCAGUAACCAUUGACUAAGAAACACUGAGGAACUGGUAAAUCCUUGGCAAAUAUUGAACAAGGGCAAACUGUGAACGGUUCAUUAGUUAGUCCAUUAGUUUGUCAUGUUGUUGCUGUUGGUGUCUUUAAUGUUAUUUAACUGUUAUAGAUUAUAUAUCUAAUUUAUUCAACUGAUAUCAGGACUCUGUUUGAAGGAUUGUGUGACCUUCAAAGAUUGCUGGUAAAAUAUGUACUUGGAGACAAAGGGAAAUAAACAAAAUUGAAGAUUG